AGCUCAACCAAAACAUUCCAUUUCGUCAAUAAUUGGACAUAUAAAGAGGACAAAAUAGUUUAGUUAUCCUGAACUUUUACAGAAAAGGCCAUGGACAGAGAGAGUAUGCAGCAGCUGUCCCUGCGUCUGUCCCGGGUGCUGGAGGACAUUGGGGUCAGCAGGUUCAUCCGCACCAGGAGGAGGAGAACAUGGCUGAUGUGGGAUACACUACAGAGGAUCAAAGCUGAGUUAGUUGGUGGGAACUUCACUUACUAUACCUUUGGAAGCCAGACAGAGGGGACUACCACACUGGGGAUGAAGUCAGAUAGAGACACAUUGAUGUGUUAUAAUGACUGGCCAGUAAUACUUGACUGGUGGGAAUGGAGGCAGGGGAAGGAGAAUCUUCUUGUGGUAAAGAAUGAACAAUCUCCACCCCAACACUGCUGGCUUCAGUGGGUGAGAUCUGACCUCCCAUUACCAGUGACAGAGGUCAACAGGCCUUUUCAUGUGCCUGUAGAAAACAUGUACUAUCCUCUGUAUAAGCGGGAGUGGAGAUUUUCAACAUCUAUCAUGGAGAGACUUCUUGUAUUUGAUAUGAAUAUAAUACAGCAUAAGGUGUAUGUAUUUCUGAAAAUGCUUAGAAAAUCAAUAAUAAAGCAGGUUGUUGAUGACCGUUUCAGUACAUUUCACGUGAAGACUGCAAUUCUGUUUACAAUAGAGACAUAUCCGCCAAACAUAUGGAGUGAAGACAACCUUGUACAGUGUGUGAUCUACUGUCUGACCACACUUCUCAGAUGGCUGAAGAUCAGGUUGUGUCCACACUACACCAUCUCAGGGGUGAACCUGUUUACUGGAAAGCUGUUCAAACAUGAACAGUACAAACUGCAUUCUAUGAUAACAGAAAUCAUUUACAGCAAUUUCCAGUGCCUAUAUACAAUUGAAAUGGAUGAUCUGGGGAGGAGAAUGUCAUCUGUGAAUUCAUCCCAAAUUAUUGGGGUUGACACUCGAUGCACACUCUAUCAAGUCCAAAUGGUUAAAUUGUACAUAUGGUGGGAUGCAUCUUUUGAUCAAGUACAUAUUGAUUUACUAAUCAAUGACAAGAGCGACUUAUAUCAAUCUUUGAUAGAACAUUUUGAGACACUGAAUGUUUUAAAGAACAAUGGAACUAAAAUAGAACAAGAGGCAGUUUCCUUGUUAAUACCAUCAGUUUGUGGAGACCUUGCCUCCAUUAAAGCCUCCAGGUGUAUCUACCAAGGACAACCUGUCACACACAGCAUUCUCCAGCUGUACCAACUGUCCUUUGACUCGGAUCUGCUGUCCAGCAGACUGAAGUUUGCCUCCAUGUUGUACUGCAGUGGGCAGUAUGAGGCAGCAGCAAACUGCAUGACCUACUGUGAGGGCCUACUGGGGCCUGCAGUGUGGCAAUGUUGUGAGUGUAAAGGAAGACAGGGAACACCACGAACCAAUGAGUUCAGGGAAAAGACUGUAAACACACCAUUCAAGGAUAUGUUACAGAAAUAUACAACCUUACAUGUUACUUUUACUCAAGAUGAUAUCCAUUGUGUUCCUAAACAUCUGGUGUAUGAAAUGUUCAGAACAGCAGGAGAUGAAGACAGACAACAGAGACAUCCAGCAUUAUGGUAUAAAUGGAUGGACCUCAUUGUGAUUGACUGUGUCCCAUUUCUCGACUACCUACAGUACCUCACACACACACAACUGAACCAACGUGACAGAAAAUUGCGGGCACUGAACAACCUUUAUUUCUACAUAUCCUCAAGUGAAGACUGUGGUCAUAUAGACACAGCCUGGAACAUGCUGGGCCACUGUUAUGAACUGGAGAAUGAACUGGAUCUAGCCAGGGUCUGCUACACUGAGUCACUGCAGCUCUACCCAAGAAACAAUGCAGCCAACUGGCACGUGGCUAGGAUCAUGCAUCAGCACUUAAAUGGCUGAAAAUGUUUUCACUCAGCCUAGUUGAUAGCAUGAAGACCCAAUGUGGUUAAAAGAAAGAAAAAAAAUAUCUGUAUUGUUGACUUAUUUUUAAAGAAAAUUACUUAUACCUUGAAAUUAAAAUACACUUUAAACUAUAUAAAUGUUUAUUACACUCAAUUUAAACUAGAGCUACCACUGAAGGUGAUUAAUACCCCCGUACGCCACCCUGAUAUGAAAUUGCAGUCAACUAUUUGGAAAGCCAACCUAUAAAUGACAACUUUAUUUUACGGAUUAUCGUCAGUUAUUCACUUUUUUAUUAUGUUUUUAAAAGUUAGAAAAAGGCUUUAAACAAUAUCAGUGAUGCUAAUACUGAGAUGUUAAUACUGAUAUAUUUGAUGUUCUAAAGCACAGAAUAUAUGAUUGCCUAUGACCAUCUAUAAAUGAGCUAAAUUACUUUUUUAUACCAGUAGUUUCAAAGUAAUGGUUUAUAUAAACAUAUUUAGAAAGGAAAACACAUAAAAUGUUAUGGAUUGGGUUAUUUUUGUUUUGUACAAUUUCCGAUUGUUAUUGUUAAAAUAAGAAAAUAACUCUU